AUGCCAUACCCAUUUACUGUGCAGUUGAAUCAGAUUCUCCAAAAACAAUCACAAUUCCCUUUGUCUCCUCCACAUUCCGUACCCCAAUCUCCGUGCAUCAUGGCUACGACGUUAGGAAAUCCAAAUCGUUCUUGCGUUUCUUGCAAAAAGAGAAAAGUAAAAUGCGACCGAAAGGUUCCCGCAUGUACAUCGUGUGCAAAGUCGAAAUUACGAUGCUGCUAUACAUCGUAUUCUCCACCGGCUUUUGCUGAACCAUCUAUGCCUGUAUCGGAUGAAGACGAGGGAGUCAGAAUGUUGAGAGAGCGAAUUGAUCAAGUUGAGGCUCUCGGAAGAGAAAGGUUCGAGAGACUAUACAAAAUACUUAUGGAAAUUAAGGACUCUAAUAAACCUAUGCAAGCAACAAAAAUAGAAGACAUACAAUCAGACCCGUUUUGCUCAUCGACUGUGGAUUUCACUCGAUUACAGGACGAAAGAGACUAUGACCCCGCUGUACUCAACUCCGGUCAACAACCUGCGGAGCAGUACUAUCCUUACAUCAUUAAUGACGACUACUUGCUGCGCCUAGACGUUGCCAAUCCAAUAACGACACAACAAUCUCAAGUACAAACGCCACCCCAUAUUCGACCAAGAAUGCGAUCACUAAUGGGACCAAUCAUUGCUCCGCUUCUCAACGCAAUGACAGCAGGUUCUUCGCACCCAUUCCCACCCGCCGGAUUCACCGAUGUCUCCCUCUUACUAUUCUGGAUACGACACUUUUUCGUUUCCUCUUUCGACCAGAAACAAGAUCCAUCACUCAGCGGAAUACUCGAUCCAACCAACGAGCUCGUAGAAAUAAUUCCAUUCAAUGACGAAGUAAAUGAACUAUUACUGCAGCAGCGAUACGAAAUCAUUUUUAAAAGGCUCUACCAUCCGUCUCCGACACUUUCUUCCAUCUCGUCGUUAUCCUCGGCCAGCACAUACAUGUCCGUCAGAGGACCUUCUAUCGGUAAAGACGAUCUCACCGAGUUUAAUUUCGAGGAUGAUGUCCUCGAUGAUAACGUCAGUUUCUAUAGCGGCAGCAGCUCGGCAAGCGAUGCCAGCGUGAGUGCCGGGGCAAACGGUUCGGAUGAAGUGAUGCUGGAGAAGGUGUACUCUUUGAUAAAAAGAUUCACAAGAAGGAUGCCCUGGACGAGAGAAGGUUUUUCCUUUUUUGAAGCUGUCGGCGAUGGAGUAUUUAACGACGUGGUGGUAGAAAUUAGAAGAGAUGAUGAUGGAAUAUCUUCGCUGUUGGAUCUAGAUACGCUGGAUGUUCAGCAACCCCUUUUAUCUUCUGCUGAAGCAGAGAAUAAUCUUGUACGCGGAAGGUUGUACCUGUGA